AUGAUGCCGACUACGAUGCCGGCGAACCGUUUGAGAAUGUAUCAAGUCCACUGUCUGAUGCUGGGAAUCAUGACAACUACUAUGGCAGACGACUUCGAACUAUGUGCGUUCUACAUAGUCACCCUGACAACAAGACCAAGUUGCGACUACGAGCUGUAUAGUGUUGGUUCGACAUUGUUUUCACAACUUGGUCGGAGCGUCAGGGUGACCGUGUCGAACGUACCUAGUCCCGUGUCCUCUGCCACAAUAUUCGAGAUUGCCAGCAUUAGACCAUUGGCUGGUUACAUUCCUAAACGUUUCGCCGGCAUCGUCAAUGAGAGGCGACACGGUUACAAAUUAUCAGUGAUCAAUCUUCCGUUCAACCGUUGUGGCAUCACUCAACGCCCCCAUUUUGUAUUCUUCUCUCUAGUGCCGCAUCUCUUUCUCUCAACCCCACUUCAAAUGGCCGAUCCACCUAUUCACACAAUUCUGUGCUCUAGUUUCCUCCAACGUCGCCUAAGAUCGACAUCAUCAGUGCGUUUUGGAGACUUAGUAGAACGCUCUGAUGAUGCCGACUACGAUGCCGGCGAAACGUUUGACAAUGUACCAAGUCCACUGUCUGAUGCUGGGAAUCAUGACAACUACUACGUCAGACGACUUCGUACUAGGUACUGGGAUGAUGUUUCUGUCUUUGUCUGUGUUGGCUGGUAUCCCCCGUGGUCAAGUGAACCCACUGAGUAG